GAAUUCUUCGAAGCGUGCCGGCGAGGUGAUAUCGAGAAAGUGAAAAACUAUAUCGCUGGCAAAAAGGGUAAAAAACCCCGCACUCCGCUCAACUUUCUCCGACCGGCUACUCCAUCUGCUGGAUGGCUGGUCGCUUGUAAGGACCCUUCGUCUCUUUACACACCGCUCCACUAUGCGGCUCUCCAUGGACACCAUCACAUUUGCAAAGCUUUGAUUGAAUCCGACCGGCUGCUGCCAUCAGCGAGGGACAAAAGAGGCUGUGUGCCAUUGCAUUUGGGCGCAUGGAAUGGCCACUUUGAAACUGCAAAGUUGCUAGCCGAAUCAGAUCCGGAAAGUGUUGAUGCAGUGAACAACGCACAAGAAUCUUCUUUACAUUUAGCCGCCCAACACGGCCACGACAAACUGGUUCGCGUACUUCUUGAGCACCAUGCUGAUCCACGACUUCGGAACGCUCGCUUCGAGACACCGUUAGAUGUGGCUGCGCGGACCGGACACGCCGUUGUCUGCAAAAUUCUGAUCGGUUUUUGUCCAGAACUUGCUUUACAGUCGGCGGUGGACUGUUCUUCUACUGGUGAAAACGGUCGGGUCCGUGCGCAAGUGGUGUAUCCUCUUCAUGCUGCCGCAAGACAUUCACACAUCCAAUGCCUACAGAUUCUGCGACUAGGUGGCUUUGACAUUGACUUUGUGACGGAUGAAGGCUCGGCGCUCCACGUCGCUGCGAUGUUCGGUCAAGUGGAUGCUGUAAAAUAUCUGACUGAUGAAGGAAUCAACCCUCAUAUGCGUGACAGCAAAGGCCGAACUGCGCUGGAAGUGCUUCGGGAACAUGAGCAGCAUCGCACUUCCGACUUGACCUACAUUAUUCAGAGCCGAGAGGGAUGGAGCGAAUGCAGGAAAAUCAUUGAU